AUGCCUGCGCCUACUAGACACAGUCAAUCGAACAGGUCAUAUCAGCUACGCGGCCGCUCACCCCAUUCCAAUCGACUCCUACGCCUACACACCAGUCCAGAAGUCGGUCACCGUCGCCCAGUCCUAGCCCCACUCGUUACGAACCUUCGACGACGCCCAUCACGCCUGCAAUCAGCCGAGAAACCUGAAGAAGAGCCAAUGCCACUGCCCCAGACAGGCUCAAAACGGAAACGCGUCCCCAGCGCGAAUGAGAACGCGCAUGGGGGUGGUAGACCGACGAGAGGCUCAGGGAGGCUCAAACGUCUUCGGUCAGACGUAUACGAGCCAGGGGAGGCCAGUGAGAUGGAUGUCGACCCAUCACCACGAAACAAUUCUCGUUGGUCUUCUGAUGAAGACUCGCUCUCUGAGCUUACAUCAGACGAUGAUGACGACGACGAGCAAGAUGAGGAUGAGGAGUCUACCGACCAUCACCUGAUCCAUUUUGGCUCUGUGAAGGAACUCCAACGACUUCGCAAAGACGAGCUUGUACGGCUUUAUGUCGCAGCCGGCCUCUCCGACGAUGCAGAAGCCCUUACGAAGACCGAAAUUAUCGACGCGUUGGUCACUGCUCGUGAAGAUGACGGCGACCUACCGCCAUCAUCACCGCGAGGAGUCUCAUCUGACGAGCAAGACAACGACCCAAAUGAAGAUGAUGAGGUCCACACCCCACUCCCUGCCGUACGCUCCCGUUAUACCCAUGGGCUCAGGAGAAGAGCAACCACCAACGAGACAACUGCUAUGACCUCUCGGCCAUCAAAAAGUCGCAGCCUGUCGAUGGGUAACCUCCUCCACAAUAACACCGUCAAUGCAGUUGCCUCGAGCUCGAAACUGAACGGCGACUCUAUUUCCAGUCCUGCCCUAAGGCGUCGCAAAUCCUCGAAAACUUUGAAAACCGAAUCCUCUCUCCGUACUUCGUUCCCGCCCCAUGCCGUAUCAUCCCCUCCUGCUACCCGCCUUCGGUCUCGUAAAGGCAAUCCCCUCUCCUUGUCCGCACCUUUGUCAUCUGCAUCCGCGUCAUCUCCCAUCAUUGUCAACAAUGCGAUCCCAUUCCCUGCCACUAUCCACCGCUCGACUGCUCUAGCCAAAGGACGGAAAGGGAAAGGAAAACAGGUCGAGUUUCUGCCACUGGAAGAAAUUGAACGAGAGAAGGAGCGGCAACGGGAAAUUGAUCGUCGUGCUCUGGCGGAAGAGAGCGAUCUUACUGAACUUGAUUCUGAACCAACGCCUGUCGAUCCAAGUCCUCGCCGCUUGCGUAGCAAGGACAAGGAGCGCGAGCGACUAGGGAUUGGCAAAGGCAAAGAGAAUGUCUCGCUUCUUGAUCUGCGGCGCGUUACCCCGGCCAGGAAAGCCAAGCGGAAUCAUAUCAUGGAGGAAGAAGAGGCUGAAGUAGAGGCGCAAAUGCAGACAACCGACAUCGAGGAACAAGAAGAUGAGGAUGAUCAACUUGCAACUCCAACGCGUACUCGGUCAAGAAGGUCCAGUCACAAGGCUAAGUCGAAUUCCCCGGUAGAGCGGACACCUUUGGUUCAGCGUUUACGAUCUAGAACUCGGAUUCCUCCAGCCUCUGGUGCUGACGGUGACGAUGAGCAAUCGGAUGACGACGAUCAUCAAUCAGAUGAUGAUGAUGGCGAUGAUGAGCAAGUCGGAGAAGAAGUCGCUCAGGACGGGGAAGAAGAGGAGGAUGAAGAAGGGACAGUGGAAGGAGAUGAAGAUGAAGAUGGGGAGGACGAGCAAACAAUUGCUGUCGAACCAAGGAAACUUCGGAACGGCAAGAUUGUUGGCGACGACUUGGAAAUGGAGCAAGAGCAAGAAGAGGCACAAGAUGAGGACGAGGAGAUUGAAGAAGUUGAAGAAGAGGUGCAAGAGAGCGAAGGCGAGGCUGACGAGAUGGAAUGCGAGAAUGUGGAUCUCACUAUCGCCACAGCCAAAACUCUCGUUCGCCUUCGGAGAGAUGAUCUUGUACGCCUAUGCGAGACUCGCGACUUGGAAGUUGUGGGGACCAAACCACAACUUGCAGAAGCUUUACUGCAAUGGCGCGACCGGCAUACUGAUUUCUCGUCUCCUUCAUCUACUGGGACGGUCAUGAACAGGCCACCUUCAACAGUGAUCAACAAGCGUCGUCGAAACGCUUCCCAACCUGACACACCCGUUUUGUUGCGCUCCCAACGAGUCCAUAUCGACGAACCUGUUACUCCUGAACCCAAAGAGGCGCCAGUUGGGGAACCCGAACUAGAGCUUGAUUUGGAGAGCCUUGGACUCGAUGACAGGGAAAUCCCACCCGACAAGCUCCAGAAACUGGAGAAGAUCGGCAGCGGCGGCUUUAAAGACGUCUUCAUUGGCAAGUUCCGAGGACGCCGCAUCGCCAUCUCUGAGUUUAGAGGUCAAUUGAGCGCAAUGGAUAUCAAAGAGCUGAAGCUCCUUGGCGGAUUCGACCAUCCCAACAUUGUCCGAUUCCUUGGAGUCAGUAUUCCGGAAGACACGAAAGUAACUCCAGUUAUGAUCGUCAGCGAGUUGUGCUCAAAUGGCGAUUUAUUCGACUACGUUCGGAAUGUUGCUGCGCCUUCGCUGAAUAAAGUGUUGUCCAUCAUGCUGGACAUCGCGCGUGGCCUGGAGUACCUUCAUCUACGGAAGCCCUCUGUCAUCCACCGAGACUGCAAGUCGUCGAAUAUUCUCAUCACGGCCAAGGGUACUGCUAAGAUCGCAGACUUUGGUCUCGCCAAGGUCAAGCAGUCUACUCGAUCAAUGGUUCGAAGUCUUGUUGGGACGGUGAAUUGGCAAGCACCCGAACUAUGGCACGCACAUCCCAAGUACAACCAUAAAGUGGACGUGUUCAGUUGCGCUAUGGUGUACUGGGAGAUGUUGCAGUGGCAUCAGAAGGAGAAGAAGUUUCCUUGGGAGGGCAUGAACGAGCAUGCGAUCUAUGAGAUUGUUGGAACCAAAAAACAAAGACCACCCACUAGUGGCCUCCGAAAACAAUGGUGUCCUGCAAUCGUCGACCUGAUUGAGCGCAUGUGGGCCCAACAGCACGAAGACCGCCCGACCAUGUCCGAGGUCGUCUCGGCGCUGGAAGAAAUGAGGAAAUGA